AUGGAUCGGGACCUCCGCGAGCCCGAAGGCCAGGUUCCCACUGACUUGGUCUCAGAACGGGAACCUGAUGUAAAGACAGAUGAGGACGCUCUACUGCGUGAGGUCGGGGAUGGAGGAGCGCAGGAUCCGAACGACGAUGACAUGAUGCCGAUCAUAGAUCGGCCAUGCAUUUGCGCUCCAGUUCCCGAACAGGAAGAACGCCCUUGGGAUGCUCCUGAGGACUUCAUUUGCGUCUACAAGGCGUAUUUCUGUGAGGCCGGAUUAACCUUUCCUCUACCGUGCUUGUUGUUCGCCUUCUGCAAUCGCCGCGGCUGCGCGAUAUCACAGCUUCAGCCGGCAUCGAUAGUUAACUUUGUCGGGAUUCUCCAGCUUGGGCAGGACAUCCGUGCUCACAUCAACGUUGCCCAGUUCGAGGAACUUUUCAUUAUGAAGGUUUCCCAGGUGAAAAGUUGGUUCUUAUCGGUGAACUGCAACUCGAAGUUCGACCUGGUUACUGGGAACAAGGCUAGCAAGUUUCCGAACUGGGACCAGAGUUACUUCUUUGUUCGCGUCGAUUUGCAAUCUGCUGAGAAUCCGGAGUGCACGUUCCGGACUGGCUGGAGUGUUGAUUUUGACCGCCACGUUGAAGGAUUUAUUCAACGCUCCCUUACGUCCGACCUAGCGAAGCAGCUGAGUCUCGCCGGACAGCGUCGUUGGCCUCGAGCUUACCAAGAAAAGAUUGACCGGCGGGUAAAGAGAGCUCAAGACAGAGCUAAAACUAAAGCCGAGCCCAGUUCGUCGAGACCAGUACCAAAGAAAAGGAACUCGAAGAAAAGCAGCAAGAAGAGUCGGAGGAAGAUGGCUUUUGACAAAUCGGACAUUCCGAUGAUGAACUUCGGGGCUGAUGAGGAGGAGGACAAUGCCCUGAUCGACAUCGUCGGCCUUGACGGGAACGAGGUCGGCGAUGAUAAUGAAGCCGGUGACGGGAACGAGGUCGACAACGUCCCGGUCGGUCCAACUGACCCCUUGAUUCCAGUUACGGAUCCGGAGGUCGACGCGGUGGGGACUGGCGUUCCUGAGGCAACUCCUCAGCCUCAAGUGGAGGAAGGCGAGAUUGGUGAGCAGGAUGAGGACGAGCUCACCAUUGCCGACCGCGCCCAGAGGAAGAAGGGCAAGUCCUUAAAGAAAUCCUCUCGGAAGAGGGGCGGUGACCCCGAGACGGCCGUGAGCGAGGGGACGCUGGUCCUUCAUGGAGGGGACAUUGGUGGAUCGCCCACCGCUUCUCAGGGUCCUCCUGUGGGUCCGGCAGCCGAGACUGGGAACCCGAGGUCGUCAAAGAGGUGUCGAGUUUCUGACGCGUCAUCUUUCUCGGUCCGCCUCAACUAUAACAAGGAGCGGUCCUUCUUUGACGACUCUUCUGCCUGCGCCGAACUCUUCAGGCAAAUAGUUCCGGCUUCAUCUCCGAUGCCCGAGACUAAGGAUCUCUUCCGUCCCAAGUCUUAUGCCCGGGUCGCGAGAUCCGCCUCCGCUCUCGUCUGCGACACCAACGAGCUUGUCAGGGAGUACGAUUCUGAGGUCGAGAGGCUGAGGAAGAUCAACGCCGAGGUCGCUGCCGAGAGAGCGUCGUUGGAAGUGUCGUACCGAGAUGAGAAGGAAAGGUACGAGGUUUCUGUGCUGGCCUUCACCGAGAAGGAGAAGGUCGGAGCUCUGGAGAAGCGGACUGCCGAGCUGGAGGGGGAUAUGGACGCUCUGUCCAAGUCGUUCAACACGAGCGAGCUCGAGAGGCGGAAGUACCGAGAUGCCGAGUCAAAGGGCAGAAAGAUGAUGGUCGCGCUUAGGGGCAAGUGCGAGGGGAAGCUGGCAAAGAUGAAGGACUUCAUGGACAAGUAUGAGCUCCGGAAGGCGCCGUUCCUCAAGCUUAAUCAGGCGAUUGCUCUGGUCAGCUUCUGCGACUUCCUCAGGCGAGAGCACAACAUGAUUGUUCUGCCUCACAUCGUGGAGAUGUAUGGGCGCAGGAUCAAGAACUGCACGAAGGAGGUCGAUGAUGUUCUUCUCCCGCGGCUCGAGAAUGAAGACUUCAUUCUCCCGAGUGACGACGACCUCAUCCCAAGGAUUGUGCUUCCGCCGGGAACGCAAGUUCCAGAGGGCUUGGACCAGUUUGGUUCGAAUUCCAAGUCCAUCUCGGCUGAUCGGGCAGCGAGUCUGAAGAGUCCGGCGUCUGUAGCUCGCCAAUGA